AUGUCUUCAAAGUCUCCAUUUCUCGGCCUCCGUGGCCAUGCGCUUCGGGCAGCUCAAAUCAUCUUUGUAGUUGGCCCUGGCUUUACCUUGUUUGGUUACAACCAAGCCGGCGUCGGGCCUCUUGCCACGCUUCAGACUUGGGUUUCUACCUUUCCUACGAUUGAUACCAUCAACACAGAGGGCGCCCAGGAAGCCGUCAACUCUACACGAAAGGGUGCUGUCAUUGCCUCGUUCCAGAUUGGGGCUCUAAUUGGCGCUCUCUCCUGCCUCUUCCUAGGAGAUAGGCUUGGAAGACGGAAAACCAUUUUCCUGGCCGCAAUUUUGACCAUCAUCGGAGAGGUCCUGCAGGUAUCGGCAUACAACGUGAUCCAGUUCGUUGUUGGCCGCGUCAUUCUGGGUAUCGGUGUCGGAGAGAUCAGUGUUGCCAUUCCUGUAUGGCAGGCAGAAUGCUCAUCGGCAGCGCACCGAGGACGCGAUGUUAUCACUGCGGGUAUCUUCAUGUGCCUUGGCUAUGCCCUGUGCAACUGGAUCGACUUUGGCUUCACCUUCAUUCGCAACUCGACCCUCGAAUGGCGCUUGCCUCUAGCUCUGUCUCUCAUCCUUUCCCUCAUGGUCGCCUCCGUGAUCUUCUGCCUGCCGGAAUCCCCGCGCUGGCUCGUUCGCGUGAACAAGGUCAAACAGGCCACUCGGAACCUAGCUGCACUAAAAGACUUGCCCGAAGAUGACGAAGCUAUUCGGACGGAGAUUGCCCAAAUUGAGUCAUCGCUCGAGUUCGCCACGGCCCGCAAUAACUCACUUAUGGAGAUGUUCUCCAAAAACGAUGACGAGAGACUGUUCUAUCGUUUCUGUCUUUGUUUCGCACUCCAGUUCUUCCAGCAGAUGUGCGGUGGAAAUCUGAUAUCCGUCUACGCAUCGACAAUCUUCCAACAAAACCUAAACCUCGGCACGAACCUCUCGAAGAUCCUAGCAUCAUGCGCGUUAACAUGGAAGUUCUUAUGCUGUUUCUUGGCCUUCUUUGCCAUUGACCGACUCGGACGCCGCACAGUCUUCAUGAUUAGUGGAACGGGCAUGUCGUUGUGUAUGGCUUGCUUGGCAGUGACCGCAAGCUUUCCGUCGACCAAUAACUCAGCUUCGAUAGCCUCGGCAUUUUUCAUCUUCUUGUUUAACAGCUUCUACCCAUUCGGCUUCCUUGGUGGCAAUUUCCUCUACUGUACCGAGGUAGCCCCCGUGAGGUUGCGUGUGGCAAUGAACUCCGUGUCCACGGCGAACCACUGGCUGUGGAACUUUGUCGUUACUAUGGUAACCCCCGUGGCUCUCGAUACGAUUGGGUUCCGGUACUACAUCAUGUACGCCAUCAUUUCGGCAUGCAUUCCGGUCUCGGUCUUUUUCUUUUACCCGGAGACAAUGAAUCGCAAUUUGGAGCUAUUAAACAACGUCUUCAAGGAUGCCUCGUCUCCGUGGGACAUCGUAAAAAUGGCUCGAGAUUUGCCAGAGGGCGAGGUGGCAGAUAGUGACAACGAUCAUAGUGUAGCGAAGCAGAAAGUAGAGCAGAAGGAAAAUGCUUGA